ACAUGGCGUUUAGCAGACAAUAGAAAUCAUCAUCAGCCCGCUCCCAUAUUCAACGCGGCAUUAAAAACCUGACCUGUGGCUGCAGUGCUUUCCACACGUGUAGUGCGAUCGGGGCUAUUGGAAACAAGAAAGAACAGUCGGGACGGCAAAUCUGUGAACCGUUGUUGACGUCACCCCGCGAUAGCAUCUAAAGCCGAAAGGCAGAAAGGCUGAAGAUAUUGCGACCGCGGGCUCAGUCUCAUCGGAACCGUGCUACGGUGAAGAAGUGUGUGCCACGUUUGUCUCCGUCGCCGGGUAUCGUGUCUGUGUUGGUGGAGUGGUGUUGUCCGUUUGCUUCGCACAGAUCAACCCCUUUCACGCACGCACUCACGCAUGCUCGUUCGCAGUACACAGUGACAUAUUCGGUGCUCGCGACUCUCGAUAUCGCCACUCUCCGUAAGUGCCCUGGCCGGGCACGGUUUGUGCUUGUGUUGUGCUCUCUUUCUCGAGCGCCCGGAUGUGAACCAUCCUCGUGGACCACCGAAUUCGACCGAAACUGUGCCCGAGUGGGGAUGAUCCGUGCCCGCUGCCCCAGCAUCAACGUGUCAGCCGUGCGGUGAUAGCCGACCGCGGGGCAAGAAAGAAAGAGAGAAGGAAAAGCGAGUAGAAAGCCAAAUAGUAACAAAGCGUGUCUUGUACGAGUUUUCCAUUUCCGGUUCAAAGCUCAAUACAAUCCUAGUGCUUCGCAUAUAUGCUGGUGGGGCUAGUACGCUGGAGUCCAAAGUCCAGUGCGCCAUGCAGAUGAUUUUCUAAUUUUAUACCGUGUUCAAGAGGACCUGUUUGCAUUCGCAGCCAACGGGGUGGGGAGGUUUUGUUUUUGGGUAGUGCGUGUAUCUUAGUGAGUGAAUGUUGGUAGCAGCUAGAAGUAGUGUGCAGUCACCAAUCUGCUCGUCCUGUCCGUGCGGCAGCUUAUGCACUCUGGUGCUUUGUUGAAAAUUUAAGACAAAGGUCAAAGCCACGACCCUCCGGCACGUGCGCCCGUCGUGCCUGUGGUACCCCCGAACCUCGAACGACAGACUCGGCAGCCUCACCCGCGUCCACCAUGCGUCUGGGACGACUGUUUCGCGCGCACGGCGAAUUCUGUGCCUCCCAUCCGUGGGAGGUGAUUAUGCUGCUGGUCUCUGCAACGGCCUGCGUCCUCUCGAUCGAUCGGAACAAUAACGUUGCACAGACGGCAGAUGACGCCGAGCAGUUGCGUACAUGCACCAGCUGGCGUUAUGGACAACGUACGGUCGACGGUGGAUUGUGCGAGGAACCUGCACGAAACAUCAUCGACAUCAUUCUAAUGAUGAUAGUGCGUUGCACGGCCAUUUUAUAUAUUUACUAUCACUUUCGUCAUCUGCACAAGCUUGGAUCGAAGUAUAUAUUAGGCCUUGCUGCCCUUUUCGCGCUGUUCUCCAGCUUCAUCUUCACCACCACCGUGCUGAACAUCCUCGGUUGUGAAAUAUCCGAUCUAAAAGACGCGCUGUUCCUUUUUCUGCUGCUGAUUGACCUGUCGCGGGCCGGCAUACUGGCUCAGCUGGCACUGUGCGGUGCCAACCAGUCUGAAGUGACGACGAACAUUGCGCGCGGCAUGGAGGUAUUCGGGCCGGCGAUGUCGCUCGACACGCUCGUCGAAGCGCUGGUCAUUGGCGUGGGGACACUUUCCGGCGUUCAGCGGCUGGAGCUGCUGAGUGGCUUUGCCGUGCUUUCCGCCCUGGUCAACUACAUCGUCUUCAUGACCUUCUACCCGGCCUGUCUAUCGCUGAUACUCGAGCUGACGCACAACGGACGAAACGGGCAGCAGCUUAACGGCGAGGUACUGAUCAAGCACAUGCUCCUGCAGGAGGACUGCAAACCGAACCCGGUCGUACAGCGCGUGAAGGUGAUUAUGUCCAGCGGGCUGUUCGUCGUGCACGUCUUGAGCCGGUUUCCCACCUCGGACAAGGAGUCGGAUGCGGCCGAACAGAUCAUCGCGUCACGGGCCCAUGAGCAUCUGGCCGCAAUGAACAAGACGGACACCAGCGAACUGUCCGAAAUGAUCAUGCAUUUGCUGUCAUUCAGCUUAGAGCAAAUCUUCACCUACAUUCUCAUCGUCACGCUCGGUGCCAAAUUCUUGCUGUUCGAUCGUUACCACCUCUCGGAUCAUCUAAUACACGCGGUGGCUAACGAGCAGGAAGUAGCCGCUGCAGUGGCACUGAACGAAACAAGGCAACAAAUUCAAGGAGCAGCGCCGGUGACUACACCGCCCGUUACAUUCACCCUGGCCGAAACCGUGAUGGUGGAAGAAAAAGCCACCCAGAGCGAGUUGAGUUUGAUCGGUGGUGGCCGUUUCGGGCGCAAGGUGCGAAAGCAUACCCUGGUCGAGCAGAAUGCGGAAGGCGAGCAGAUGCUCGCACCGGCGAGUGACGACGAUGAGGAGCUGUUCGACAGUGAGGAGGAUGAGGUCGAGCGGGAGCCGCGACCAUUGGAGGAGUGUGUACAGAUACUGCAGUACGAUGGACAUGGCAAACGGUUGACCGACCGCGAGGUGGAAAUGAUUGUGCGCGGUUGUCGCAACAUUUGCCCGCUGUAUAAAAUCGAGAAAAUCAUUGAUGAUGCGGAACGCGGCGUUCGCUUGCGUCGCUGCAUGCUGCUGAAGGAUGCGGGAUGUAAUUCUGGAUUGCUGAAAGAUCUGCCGUAUCUCAACUAUGACUACUCGAAGGUAAUGGAUGCGUGCUGCGAAAACGUGAUAGGGUACGUGCCGAUACCGGUCGGAUUCGCUGGGCCGCUGCUGCUUGACGGCAAGAAGUACUUCGUGCCGAUGGCUACCACCGAGGGUGCCCUCGUGGCCAGCACAAACCGGGGCUGCAAGGCCCUUUCGGUCUGUGGUGUAACGAGCUAUUGCGAGGAUAUCGGUAUGACCCGUGCGCCUUGCGUCCGCUUCCCGAAUGUGCUGCUAGCGGCACAAGCCAAGCGAUGGAUGGAAUCGGACGUCAACUUCCAGCGCAUCAAGAAAGCGUUCGAUUCGACCAGUCGGUACGCUCGCCUACAGGACUUGUACAUCGCCAUGGACGGACCGGUACUGUACAUUCGGUUCCGCGCUUUUACCGGCGAUGCGAUGGGAAUGAACAUGCUCUCGAAGGGUACGGAAAAGGCCUUGCGCGAAAUACAAUCCGUUUUUCCCGAGAUGGUCAUCAUUUCGCUCAGCGGUAACUACUGCUCGGACAAAAAGUCAGCUGCCAUCAACUGGAUCAAGGGGCGCGGCAAACGCGUCGUUUGCGAAACGAUCGUGCCGGCGGACAAGCUAGCGCAGAUCUUCCGUACGAACGCUCGUACGCUCGUGCAGUGCAACAAACUGAAGAACAUGACCGGAUCGGCCGUUGCCGGAAGCAUAGGGGGCAAUAAUGCGCACGCAGCCAACAUGGUUACUGCGAUCUUCAUCGCGACCGGGCAGGAUCCGGCCCAGAACGUUACCAGCAGCAACUGUUCAACCAACAUGGAAACGUGUGGUGAGACGGGCGAGGAUCUGUACAUCACCUGCACGAUGCCCUCGCUGGAGGUAGGCACGCUCGGUGGCGGAACCGGACUGCCUGGCCAGGGCGCCUGUCUCAAUUUGCUGGGUGUGCGCGGUUCCCAUCCGACGAAUCCGGCUGAAAAUUCGAAGCAACUGGCCCGCAUCAUCUGUGCCACCGUGAUGGCCGGAGAACUGAGUCUUUUGUCGGCAUUGGUUACUAGCGAUUUAGUCAACAGCCAUAUGCGACACAACAGAUCAUCGGUAGCAAUAAAUCCAAAUUUGCAUCUAGCGGCAUCGGCAAUAGUGACGGCCGCGAAGGAAGGAGAAGCAGGUACUUCCUCUUAACGACUAGCCGCCCAACGGGCAGUAACGAGAUGACACUCGAUGCGACAGGAUCAAGCACUCAUUUCCACACGCUUCAACGAACGGCUCACUAUCUUUCUGCCAAAUACAUAACUGGUAAUCGAUAGUAACCGAUGGGAAAACAUAAAUGAAAGUAUAGAUCUAUAACUUAUUCUAAAAAAAAAACACAAAUGACGGAGAUAGUAAAGGGACCGCCGGUUAGUCCGACGGUAUGGUUUGCCGAUGUUGCUCAAGCCCGCAACGUGCCAGGAAAGAAGAGAGAUACGGCGCAGGAUGCUGAAACAUUAAGGUAGUCUUAGAAUGGACUAAGGCAAUUGUAAACAAAUGGCACGCUAUUCAUAUUAGUAAGGAUUUUUGCGUAGAUUGUAAAUAGCAUUAUAGUAAGUUGCAUUGGUUUGUGGAAGCACAAACUAUCAAACAAAACAACAAACAAAACAACAAACAAACAAACAAAACGACAAACAAACAAACAAACAAACAAAACAACAAACAAACAAACAAACAAACAAACAAACAAACAAACAAGCAAGCAAACAUAACUAAUAUCGAGACCAUCUACUUAUUCUGUUUGCUGACUUUAAGCGCGAGCGGUAAACGGUGGUAUGUUUGUAGUUUUAAGAGUAAUUAAUUCUUGGAAGGAUAGGAAGAAGUUAACAAAAAAAAAACAAAACUAUAGCACGAGAAACAAAUAUGCGACAGAACAGUGCAAAAGUGGUUUAAUUUGUCGCUAAUGACGGGUCCGUUUGCACUUUUAUCUCACACAUUCAGAUUGAACAAAAUCAGUUUCCAGUGCGACUUUUACGUACUUACGGCGAGAUGCACGUUGUAGCCACAUGUGUAACGCAGUAAGAAGCAUUGCAAACUGGUUCAACAAAUGAGCAAACGUAAACGGUGUGCAACGAAAUGAGACUAGAAACUGAAACCCACGGAUAGGGGAUGAUUUUAUUCAUGCUGAUGGUGUACUUACGUUUAGUUUAGCCCUUCGUAGGAUUGCGUAGAACUCCAAGGGUUGAUUUUUUGUUAUAUCCUGGCGCAAAUAAUAUUCGUUCCUUAACACGUUUAACGCCACCGAACAGCUUAGACGCCUCGUUCACGCCACACCGCCUGAUUACCAUUACCUGCAGCGACGGCAUUCGUUCACUUGCUAGUUUUUAUUAUCACGUUCUAUCGGAAUCUACCAUUUGAAAAAGGCGCACAGUGAUAACUACAGUGGAUCGUCUGCCGCCGGAACCUAGAGACCGGUGUGGCCUAAACGGAAAGUCUAUCGGAAUGUGGUGUUCAAUGUGUUGUAUGCAGUCCAAAUUAACCGGUCAAAUAGUGUAACCGGCAAAGCAAAUCCUCACACACAAAACUUCAACUAUGGAUAAUUCAAAUCACACAGUGCGCGCCACACGUUCAGCAAUGUAUGCCAACAUUGAUAACGGUUGUAUAGCCAGUGAGGAAGAUGAAAGAGCCGAAAUGGGAGAUAUAAUAAGCUAGUGCUGAUCCUCAAUAGUUUAUCAUCUUUUACAUACUCAUCGUGUCGUUUGGCUCUGCAACUGGUGUAGCAUGGUAAUGAUUGAACUUUUGUCGAUAAAAAUUUCUUAGAUGAACUGUAUCACUGAUAUCUAAACAAGUUGAAACGCAGAACGAUGAAAGACAGAUGAUUGAGAACAAACUACACAAAAGAAGCAGUUGUUCGAAGGGAAGGAAACGCGGGACAUGUAUCGUGUUGGAUACAAGGAGACCUGCAGGAAAUAUUGAGUUUUUGUUUUAAAACAGGAAUCCUUACCUAUGUUUCAAAGUGGCAAUCUAAAUAAAGCGCUUCGUAAACCGAUGAGUAACAUUUA